GCUUGCAGCUAGCAGCAGCGACACGAUUCGUGGGUUGGGCGCAUAACCACUUGCCCACCGCCUCUGGGCCCUGGUGAGCUGUUUGACAUCACAUUAGGAUCAGGCCUUUACCUGCAAAGCAUCGUCCCCGAUGUGGUAGCUGGCGGGCGCCCUCCUGCUUUGUACAUCCGGCAAGUAACCAUGACAAGCCAAUCAUCUCUGUCGAUAGGGGCGCUCAAUUUGGAGGAAGUGCCUGGGGGGAACGUUCUACGCAAGCUCGAUGACAAUGUCUUGGAGGCGAUCCUGCUCCUCAUCACCGACCCGCCCGAUCGUGCGGCCUGCUCCCUAACUUGCAGAACCUUCAUGCAAGCGGAGCGCAACACACGGCAAACCCUCCAGCUGCGCUGCACUCGCGGCAUGCUCCACCGCAUCCCCCGCUGCUUCCAGGCAGUAACCGACCUCGACAUUUCUAGGGUGAUCCCCCGGGGGCAGCGCCCAGUCCUGGUCAGCACCACUCUUGCGCAUCUCGCCAAAGGUUUUCCUCAGGUGGAGACCCUCACAAUGUACACCGACUUUGCGCUCGCCGAAGAGGGGCUCGCGCCGCUGAUCCGGGCGUGGCCAAACCUGCAGAGCGUUGUCAUUCGGAAUCCACACCCUCGCUGCCUUGAAGGGCGCAAAUACAGCGAUGUGUGGGAGUCAGUGACGGCGAAAGGUGCGUACAGCGACAUGGUCUCUGGCGGUCCCCUGGUGCUCAAAUGGAAGCUCGGUAGUCCACCCCAGCCGUUACCCGGUGGUCUCCUCAAUUUCCUGAGGCAUUGCUACUUCCGUUGUAUAGACCUCAGGAUGCUGCUGGGGUUAAACCCCCCCGAUUUGGUAUCCCUUGGGGUCGACCUUUGGUAUUGCGACGAGAACGUAGACCUUCUAUCAAAGUUUACUGGUCUCCAAUACUUGCGCAUCUCUGAUGAUAAUCCUGUUCGCCUGGGAGUUGAAGAGAACAGCAGGGCGUGGGGAGUGCUCUCGGACAGCAACUUUGGAAGGCUAGUGAACCGCCUCUCAAAGCUCAAAACCCUGGAAGUGACUCUUCGCCCCAGCCCCCGGAUGACGGAGUUUGUCGUUACCCCCCACCUUGCGGCAUCUCUGCGCAACCUGGUUAUCCGCCUAGUGCCAACUGGUUACGCGCCCGAUGGCAACUGCUUCAGCUUGAGUUCCAUUGCGGCGUGCUCCGCUUUGGAGCGUCUCACAUUAGGAGGGUCGUUAGAUCUUUUCCGCCACUUCGAGGCGCUCGUUGACAUCAGUGCCAGCUGCCGGCGCCUGGUUGCGCUUAAUCUCCCCAACCUCACGAGGCGUCCUGACGAAACGCAUUUGGAAUCGGGCGGUGCGGAUCUGUUCCGAGCUAUGGCUGCAGAGGGGGCGACACUGACCGAACUUCGCGCGUCACGCCUUCCCGCUUGCGACUCCAGUUUCCCAGAAGGACAGACCGGUCACUUGCUUGACACGUUCACCCCCUUGAGCACAAGACUGAAAAAGCUCACGUGCAUCAUUCAGCAGGCCUGCCCAGUUCUCAGCGUUUCUGGCUGGCACGGCCUUGAGCAUCUGAACCUGAUAUGGGGCGUCGACUCUGUUGAGAUUCCGCGGAUCGAAAUAGAUUGCCCCUCGUUGCGGGUUCUGGAACUGCGCGCUGCCCCUCGCGUCCGCCUCGCUUUCUCCCCCGAUACCUGCGCUGUCACCUCGUUCACCUUCACACCACGGGGGUCAUCUGCCAACCCGUUCGACGGGGACACGCUCGCUCUCCUCUUGGAUGGGCUCUCAGCCGCCUUUCCUGCGCUGUCCGACGUCUCUCUAUCUGGCGGUGCGUGUCAAGGAGAUUACCGUCCCCCCAAUCGCAGCGACGAGAAGCUCUGGCAAGAUGAGCUCGUGCUAGAGGCCCUUGCGCAGUUCCCCUCACUGCGACGCUUGUCUCUCAAUGCACGUCCUCGAGCAGUCGUUUUACGAGGAACUGUACGGGCGUGGGGGGGCCUGAGGCGGGUGAACCUAGGUCAGGGUUUAAACCCAAAAAGGCACAGGCACUCACUUGCCAUCCACUGCGGUUGGCAAAAGGUGGUCCAGGUGAUAAGGACCGGGCGUCCUUUGCGCUGCUUCCGCUAG